AUGUGCCUUUCUAGUAGGCCUCUCCUAGCUUUUGAAGACGGUUUUGGGAAAUAUCCGAACCUGAAGCUUCAGAAUUUGACGCAAAACGACAUUAAACUUUACACCGAUAUCGAGCUUGCGAAAAGUCCCAGAUUCGAGAUCCUCAAAAUGAGAGAGCCAAAGCGUGCCCCAGAACUCGUUACAGAGAUUGUCGACAAAUCAGCAGGCGUGUUUCUGUGGGUGACACUUGUUGUCAAAUCAUUGCUCGAGGGUUUACAAAACUCGGACAGAAUAUCGGAUCUCCAGAAACGCCUACGAGCCCUUCCAGCAGGUCUCGAAGACUUGUAUCUCCUGAUGAUGAACACACUGGACAAGUUCUACCAGCAGCAAGCUUCACAACUUUUUCAAAUAGUCCAUCGAGCACGACUCCCAUUAUCCGUGCUCUCGCUCUCGUUCGCCGAUGAUGAUGAAGACCCGGAGUUCGCUAUCAGAGCGAAAUUGGAUCCUUUGGAUGAAAAAGAGUUGUCAUGGAGAUAUGAGGAGACGGUACGACGGGUAAACAGCCGUUGCAAAGGCCUUCUGGAAGUUCGAGUAUCAAGCGACAAAGAGCGUCUGGUAGAUUCGAAAGUCGAUUUCCUGCAUCGAACUGUUAAAGACUUCCUGGACACCCCAGAUAUCUGGAAGACAAUCGCCUCUCAAUCCGAUCCUAGUUUCAAUCCAGAUAUCUCCCUGAUGCGUUCCUACUUGGUUCAGAUGAAAGUCCUCAACACUUUGCAAUGGGACGUUGGAACCUUUGGCUUACUAGCCGGGGAGUUCAUGGAAUACGCAGCGCAAGCUGAGAGAACUUCCGGUCAGGUGCAAGCUUCUUUGAUGGAAAACUUCUGCCAGACCGCGACCGACCUGUGGUUCAACUGGACCGUCACCAGCAACAGAACUGUAUAUCACAAAGAGGGUAGCUAUGCUUGGGUUAAAGUCGUGCCUCACGUUCACCAAUUUGUGUACGACUCCCAGCCAUCAUUCCUGUCGUUAGCGGUCUCCUACGGGUUGGAUCUCUAUGUGGAAUGGAAGCUGGAUCAGGAUGCACAACCAGUGAAAACUCGACUUGGACGCCCACUACUCAACUAUGCUGCAGCUCCCAAACCUCGAGAAAUCUGGGGUUCGCGGCCUAGGAACCCGAAGCUCAUUGCGAUACUUCUUAAAUACGGUGCAGAUCCUAAUCUUGAGUUUGGAAAUAAUACGACAUGGACAGACGUCUUACAAUACUGCUACGAAAACGACGGCUUACGUCCACUGAAGUCCGGCGACAGGCAAGAGCUGUUUCUACCUGUGCUAGAAACCAUGAAACUCCUCAAACUCGAGGCGAAGGUUGGGAGGAGGCGAGCAAACGAAAUAGAGAAGCACUGGGAGCAGACGCCCCAAGAACUUCGGAGACAGGCAGAGCGAUUAGAUCAGAUGGAGAAAGAGAAGAGGGUGAGAGAUGCACAGCUGAAAGAGGAACAGGCUGAAGAAUUAGCCGUGCUGUAUGGGAAGAAAAUCAGACCCACAGCGAAGGAGGACGAUAUCUUUAGUGGCAUCGAUCAAGAGCCAGUGAUGAUUAUAAAGUUUCCUUGGGAGGAGAGUGAGAGUCUUCCGCAAACUCCGGAAGAGAAGCCCGCAGUAUUGAUUAUUCCGAAGAAGAAGAGAUGGUCAAGCAAUUUGAGAAACACAAAAGAGUAG